ACUGUCUCCGGCAAGGAGAUGGAGGCACUCCGUGCCCUGGGGUCUCCAGGGGCGGGCACGAACGGAGGAACGGACGGGUCCCAGACUGAAAAGAGAGGAGAAGCUUCCGAGAAGCUUGCCGCCAUCGUCAGGGCCAUGAGCGAACAGUAUUCGGAAAGAGGACUUGCCGGUGAAGAUCGGUUAUCCUCUCAGAGUCGCCGUCAAAACGAUCCCUGCAGUAACUACAUCACGCUGAGUGACGCCUGGAGGAACGUGCAGGACGUGAACAGCGGGAACGCGGACCGGUGCGACAGCGGGUUCGCCGGGGAGUGGUACCGCUUCACCGGGUCCGCCGGGAAUGCAAUGCCCACCGCGGCGCCACCUGACGUGUACAGGUGCGGCACCGACGCCCCGAUGUGGAUGAACGGGCAACACCCCACACUUGCCGACGGCGAGGUGUCCCGCCAGGCGUGUGCCUACUGGAGCGGCAACACCUGCAACUGGCAAACGACCAUCCAGGUGCGGGCCUGCAGCGCCGGGUACUACGUGUACAAACUCCCCGCCGCACCUGCCUGUAGCCUCACCUACUGUGGAUCGUCGGAAAAUAUAGAUCUUGACGGGGACGACUGUGCCGGUAACCCGUGUGUGAACGGUGACUGUGUGGACGGAAGGAACAGCUACACAUGUAACUGUUACGCUGGAUACGAGGGCAGCAAUUGUGAAACAAACAUUGACGACUGUGCGGCCAAUCCUUGCGUGAACGGUGACUGUGUGGACGGAAUCAACACGUACACCUGUACAUGCAACUCAGGGUAUGAAGGGGACACUUGUGACAGAGACGUGGACGGUUGUUCGCCCGACCCGUGCGAUCCCCUGGCUACCUGUCAGGACGUGGCGGCCCCCGGCACCGGAGCGACCUGUACCUGUCCGGUUGGGUAUGAGGGCGAUGGGGAGUUGGGCGGAUCCGGAUGCAAAGUGGUCGUACCUCCUCAGGAACUGUCAGGUUCUACCUCCUGUACCAAUGACUACAUGGAGCUGGCCAUUCCCAAGGAAGAACUGACCGACAUCGACCAGAACAACCUUCACUGGGAGCCUGACCAGAACUGUGGCGCCACAACUAACGGUACUCACUACCUGUUCCGUACUGACCUGUACGGCUGUGGCACCAAGGUCAAGUUCGAUGCACGUUAUGUCACAUUCCUGAACACCAUCAGCAUCCGGGGUACCGACAGGGACGCCGGCGUCAUCAGCAGGGGAAGUGACGUCAGGAUCACAUCCAGGUGCGAGUACGCCCGCAAGCAAUGGGUAGACUCCACCUUCCUGCCCAUCCCGGGCGGGCUGAACUUCACGGAGGAAGGGUUCGGGCAGCUGGAGGUCCGGCUCUCCAUGUUCCCUACCCGGCAGUACCAGAGUAAGUACCGGGCCGACCAGUUCCCCAUCCACCGCAAACUGCGAGAGAACGUCUACAUGCAGCUGGAGGUGCAGGGACACGGACAGGAACUCUCCGUCCUGGCGCUGAACUGCAAGGCCACCAUGUCACCAGAACCCAACGACACCCUGCACUAUCAACUCAUCAACGACGGAUGUGCCUCCGACCCAACCCUGGAUAUCUACAGCCCCAAGGAUGCCAACAAGGAGCGGUUCGGUUUUGAGGCGUUCCGUUUCAUCAAAGAGGUGAAGAUGGUGUACGUGCACUGUGAGGUGAUGGUCUGUGACGCAGGCAAUGCCCGGUCCCGCUGUGCUGAGGGCUGCGUUGCGAGACGCAAAAGGGCUUCGGAUUCUGGCGAGAAGGCCGACAUGAUCGGACGCCACAUGCUGUACCUGGGACCGAUCGUGCUGGAUGAUGCCGAAGCAGCUGCAGACAGCCUGCGCAGUCGCCGCGGUGCACCCUGGGCCCUGCUGGCUGCCGGAGGGGGUCUGAUGGCGCUCGCCCUUGUCGUGCUGGGCGCGGCCGUCGUGCGGAAGUACUCCCGCCGGGAGGAGUGGGCCUACCAGGCUGUCACUGACGUGGAGGGGGAGGAGACCAACGUGGAAGUGGAAGAGUAA